CAGCCCAGUAACAGAGGGUACAGUCCUUCACCCAGAGCCAGCUUCGACCACUCACUGUGAGAUCUUGGGUGCACGUGUGAGCUCUAAGGGAAGAGUUAGCUCCAGCAAGAUCAGAGGGACAGCAUGAAGCUGGCCUGCCUGUGCCUUGGCCCCAUGGCCCUCCUCCUGCUGGCUGGCUGCUGCUGCGUUCUCAGCACCCCCGGCGGGAACCUGCGUACCUUUGUGGGCUGUGCCGUGAGAGAGUUUACUUUCCUGGCCAAGAAGCCGGGCUGCAGGGGCCUUCGGAUCACCACGGAUGCCUGCUGGGGCCGCUGUGAAACCUGGGAGAAGCCCAUUCUGGAGCCCCCCUACAUUGAAGCCCACCAUCGAGUCUGUACCUACAACGAGACCAAACAGGUGACCGUCAAGCUGCCCAACUGUGCCCCGGGAGUCGACCCUUUCUACACCUACCCCGUGGCUGUCCGCUGCGACUGCGGGGCCUGCUCCACUGCCACCACCGAGUGUGAGACCAUCUAAGCUGACGCGGCCUGCAGACCACAGAUGACAGCUGAGCCUCGCAGACCCACCGGCCCGGCAGACAGCAGCUGUUCCCCCGGAUUCCAGGACUGUUUA